CUGGACCCAGAGCCAGGGUGGUGAGAACGCUUCAGAAGGAGGAAACAUUCCUAACUUACAAGGGAAGGGAAGUAGAGGAGAGCCAGGCACAGACAGACAGACAGACAGAGGUAAAGAUGGAUGCAUCGGUUGGGCCCAGCAACUUCUAGCAGGCAGGCUACCCUUAGGACCAUCCAUAUCCGAUGAGCUCUACAGCGGCUGCCUCCGCUAUGCCAGUGGCUGUGGCGGCCUCCAAGAAGGAGUCACCAGGUAGAUGGGGCCUCGGAGAGGAUCCAACAGGUGUGGGCCCCUCGCUCCAGUGCCGAGUGUGUGGGGACAGCAGCAGCGGGAAACAUUAUGGCAUCUAUGCCUGCAAUGGCUGCAGUGGCUUCUUCAAGAGGAGUGUGAGACGGAGGCUCAUCUACAGGUGCCAAGUUGGGGCAGGAAUGUGCCCAGUGGAUAAGGCCCAUCGCAACCAGUGCCAGGCAUGCCGGCUGAAGAAGUGCUUACAGGCAGGCAUGAACCAAGAUGCUGUGCAGAAUGAGCGCCAACCUCGGAGCAUGGCUCAGGUCCACCUGGAUGCCAUGGAAACGGGCAGUGAUCCCCGAUCAGAACCGGUGGUGGCCUCCCCUGCCCUGGCAGGGCCCAGUCCCCGGGGCCCCACGUCUGUGUCUGCAUCCAGAGCCAUGGGCCACCACUUUAUGGCCAGCCUCAUCACCGCUGAAACUUGUGCUAAGCUGGAGCCAGAGGACGCCGAAGAGAAUAUUGAUGUCACCAGCAAUGAUCCUGAGUUCCCCGCAUCCCCCUGCAGUCUGGAUGGCAUCCAUGAGACAUCAGCUCGCCUGCUCUUCAUGGCUGUCAAAUGGGCCAAAAACCUGCCUGUGUUUUCCAACCUGCCUUUUCGCGACCAGGUGAUCUUGCUGGAAGAGGCAUGGAAUGAGCUUUUCCUUCUUGGAGCCAUUCAGUGGUCUCUGCCCCUGGACAGCUGCCCACUGCUGGCACCACCCGAGGCGUCUGGCAGCUCUCAGGGCAGGCUGGCCUUGGCCAGUGCAGAGACACGCUUCCUGCAGGAAACCAUCUCCCGGUUCCGAGCUCUCACAGUGGAUCCCACAGAGUUUGCCUGCCUGAAGGCCCUGGUCCUCUUCAAACCCGAAACACGAGGCCUGAAGGAUCCUGAGCACGUGGAGGCUUUGCAGGACCAGUCCCAGGUGAUGCUAAGCCAGCAUAGCAAGGCUCACCACCCUAGCCAGCCUGUGAGGUUUGGGAAAUUGCUCCUCCUGCUCCCAUCUUUGAGGUUUCUCACAGCCGAGCGAAUCGAGCUUCUCUUCUUCAGAAAGACCAUAGGGAACACUCCGAUGGAGAAGCUUCUGUGUGACAUGUUCAAAAACUAGUGGGAGUGCCAAGUGUUCACAGGCACUGGGGCGAGCAGCACAUCUUAGAAGCUAAAUAGUUCCCUGCCUUUCUCAGCCAGUAAUUCCACAUGCAGGUAUUGAUACCUAGCAGAAAUUUCUCCCAAAAUAUAUUAUUGGCAGAUUCAUUGCCAUCCUAAUCUUAAUACCCCUAAGUCUGCUUGGACAGUAGAAUGCAUGGAUGUAUUGUUAUAUUCAUAGGAGAAACAACUGUGGCAAAAAAUGAAAUAAAAAAUAAAAAUGAACAGUGGGUCCACGAGACAUGGAGACAUUUCAUAAGCUGGAAGUUGAACAAAAGCCAGUCAUGUUUAUCCUGUGUUCAAGACCAGAAGCAGGGAGGGGAAGGGAGGAAGGUGGGAAUGAAAAGAAAAGGAAAUGAGAAAAGAAAAAAAAAAACCAGAAUAGACUGAUAAAGAGAAAGCUAGAAGUCAACUCUGGGUGGGUAGGGGGACAGAAGAGGGGAAAUAGCCUCCUGCACUGCGAGUGCCCUUUAUUUGGAUCCGGAUGAUAAGUUGAUAGUCAUUAAAACUCAUUGAGCACUUAAAAUCCAUGCACUUUGCUGUAUUUUAUUUGACCUUAGUUAAAAUAAAACCAGAAAACUGUG